AUGGUAUUUAAUCCGGCAGUUACUGUGCGAAGAAUAGAUGUUUUGAUUCGUAUAUUAAAUGGUCGUAAAACUCAUAAAUUGCAACCAAAUUUUGUGCGCGCUUACUCGGACGAAGGAAAAGUGACUAUAGGAAAUGUUAGUAAAGAGAUUAGAUCGCCUAAAAAAAUAGAAUAUGUACCUAGGAAGUAUUUGACUGUAGAGAGUUCUGAAUUAAGAAAUCUAUCACAAAGCGCUCUACGGAACCUAAGAUGGAUGAUGCAAAAAGAUUUACUCGGUCAGGACAUGUUUCUUUUGGGACGACCUGGACCCAGCAGACGAAAAGUAGCAAUGCAGUACUUGGAGUUAACACAGAGAGAGUUGGAAUAUGUGGCCCUCUCAAGAGACACAACAGAAGCUGAUCUGAAACAAAGAAGGGAAAUUCAAAAUUCAACUGCUAAAUAUUUUGAUCAGAGUGCUGUCCGUGCAGCUACCGAAGGAAGAAUUCUUGUUAUAGAAGGCAUAGAGAAAGCUGAAAGAAAUGUUUUGCCAGUCUUAAAUAAUUUACUAGAAAACAGAGAAAUGCAUCUUGAGGAUGGCAGAUUUUUAAUACCAUCAUCAAGAUAUGAUAAAUUACUAGAGGAACACGGACCUGAAGAAAUAUCAAAAUGGCGUUUGGUUCGAGUGGAUGAAAACUUUAGAGUUAUUGCCUUGGGACUGCCCGUACCGCGGUAUACGGGGCAGCCUCUUGAUCCUCCACUCAGGUCAAGAUUUCAGGGAAGAGAUGUUGCUACAGUUGGGUUUGGGGUAAGUAGUUUUAUGUAG